AUGACGGAGUUUUGUGGUGGUUUGCAAGAUGGAGCUGGUGCAUAUUUGAGUGGUGGUGCAGUAAACGAACAGGAACAUGUGUUAUUGUCGAAUGGUAUCAAGAAUGAAACCGAAGCAGAUGGUGGCGGUAAUAUUGUCACUGCUAACGAUGAAAGCGGUUAUAGUGGGGUAGUUGGUAGUGUGGAUGCAUACGCUGCUCUUAGGAAAGUACCAUUUUGUAGGUCAGUUGACCUGUCAUCAUAUUGGAAGAAGCACGCGAAUGCCAUGGAAGCGGCUAUUUGGACAACAGUAUCGUCGUGUCAGUACGAUGAUUUGAAUAAAAAGGAGCGUUUGUAUUUGGCAGUUUCUGAUGCGCUCAGCGGUAAAAGAACCAUCAAGGCGGCGUCCGCACAGCAUUCGAUUCCAUUCACUACAGUACAAACAUAUUUUCAUCGUGCACGUCAAGCGGCAACGAAUGCGUUGUUAGAAUUGGACAAACGGCGCGAUAUGGAGCUUCCGAAGCAAAUAGAAAUUCCAGUUUUGUUAACAACGUCAAAAUACAACGAUGAUGAAGGUCAUGGCAGCAGUGGUGAAGUUGUUUGGAAUACGGAUCACAAGGAUGAUGUAAAGCCGAACAGCAGUAGCAGUAGCAGCAAUAUUAAGAGAAGUGGAGGUAAAUUGAACGAGGUGCUGCUGAAUUUGACUGCGAAAAUGCAACAACAACGAGAUGCAGAGCACAACAGCGUGUGUUCGUCUUCAACUGAGAAGAAUGCGUCGCGAUUCGCAGUUGGAAGCAGUUCGAUGAAACGCAAACCAAAAAGCAUUCGACGUUUGGUCAGUGCUGAGUUGGUGAGUGCUCAGAUGAAAGAUGGUGAAGGCACAGCCAAUGAACAGAUAUCGUUUAUGGAUGGGUUUGAUGAGGCAACCGAGGACAGUGAUAAUAGUGAUAUUCAUUAUGAGGAUAUCGAUUGCAGUGAGGAAUCUGAUGAAAGUGAGGAGAAUUUCGACGAAUCGGUUACGAAUUGGCAUCGAUCAGUUGCCGAACGAAGUGUUGAAGGAAGCGACGUGAGUGCAGCGACAAAAAAGAGGCUUGUAAGAGCGAUUCUGUACGUUUGGACGGGGCAGAUGAGGGCUGAGGAGGCGUGCGUUCAUUAUUGUCUGGAUGAGGAGUACUUCGAGAAAUACUUUGAGCAUUACGACGAAUUGCUGAGAACAUUGACAAGACCGUUGUGUUCGGAUCUACUGCUGUCGAUGAAUGCACUAGCAAAGAACGACGGUGAUGUAAACGGAAUCGAGAGUGAUAUCGGCGCGAUCAACAUGCAGAUCGAAGAGGUCUAUCGUAAGUCACACUACAGUGCCGAGCAGAAAGUGCGGCUGCACGAAGCCAUAUUGAUGGUGUUGCGUGGUGAACGCACCGUCAAUGGAGCUGCUAAUAUGAUGCAGUUACCUGCGUCAACACUUCAUCCGUACGUGCAAAAAGCUCGUCUGGCGAUAGGUGACUGUUCAGCACUGUUAUCAAAAUCAAUGUCGUCAUUAAACGAUAGUGGCGGCGAUAGUAAUAGAAAAGCGAUACAGCCGGAAUGGUCGGACAUAGCACAGGUGAACGAUUGUGUGAAGGGAUUUCUGGAUGAGAUUCCGUUCGAUGAGAACAUUAAGGCAAAACUUCAAGCAGCCAUAUUAAUGUCGGUUGCGGUAUUAUGCUAG